CGGCGGCAGCAGGUGGGAGCGGGGCUGUUGCUAUCAAUAUGGCGGUUGUCAGCCAGACAAAGACAGUCAGUCUGAUGUGAUUGAGACAAGGGAGGUUUUCAGGGGGAGACUGGGAGAUAGGGGGCUCCCCUCCCCCCGCUGCUCUUCCUGCGCGGGCCUGGAGCCCUCCUCAGCCCCUCCCGCAGGGCGCCCCGCGGUGAAGAUCCCCUCCCCCUCCCGUCUUCCUCCUCCCUCCCUCAGCCUUGCUCUGGGACGCUGGGGAGGGGGCUGAGCCUGGUGCAGAGAACUCAGCUGUGCUUCCGAGAAUGGUAAAUAAGGCUGGCCGUCUCUGGAAAGGCCACUGAUCCGCCUCAUGUAAAGUAUGCUCAGUUCCUUCCCAGUGGUUUUGCUGGAAACCAUGUCUCACUAUACAGAUGAACCCAGAUUUACCAUAGAACAGAUAGAUCUGCUCCAACGUCUCCGGCGUACUGGGAUGACCAAACAUGAAAUUCUCCAUGCAUUAGAAACUUUGGACCGUCUUGAUCAAGAGCAUAGUGAUAAGUUUGGAAGGAGAUCCAGCUACGGGGGAAGCUCCUAUGGGAACAGUACCAACAAUGUUCCAGCAUCUUCCUCUACAGCCACAGCUUCCACACAGACCCAGCACUCCGGAAUGUCCCCAUCACCCAGCAACAGUUAUGAUACCUCCCCACAGCCUUGCACUACCAAUCAAAAUGGGAGGGAGAACAACGAUCGAUUGUCCACAUCCAAUGGGAAGAUGUCGCCAUCUCGCUACCAUGCAAACAGCAUGGGUCAGAGGUCAUAUAGCUUUGAAGCCUCAGAAGAGGACCUAGAUGUAGAUGAUAAAGUGGAGGAAUUAAUGAGGAGGGACAGCAGUGUGAUAAAAGAGGAAAUCAAAGCCUUUCUUGCCAAUCGGAGGAUUUCCCAAGCAGUUGUUGCACAGGUAACAGGUAUCAGUCAGAGCCGGAUCUCUCAUUGGCUGUUGCAGCAGGGGUCAGACCUGAGUGAACAGAAGAAAAGAGCAUUUUACCGAUGGUAUCAACUUGAGAAGACAAACCCUGGGGCUACGUUAAGUAUGAGACCUGCCCCUAUUCCAAUAGAGGACCCUGAAUGGAGACAAACACCUCCUCCAGUCUCUGCCACACCUGGAACCUUCCGACUCCGGCGAGGGAGUAGAUUUACCUGGAGAAAGGAGUGCCUAGCUGUUAUGGAAAGUUACUUCAAUGAGAAUCAAUAUCCAGAUGAAGCAAAGAGAGAAGAGAUUGCCAACGCUUGCAAUGCAGUCAUACAGAAGCCAGGCAAAAAGCUGUCUGACCUGGAACGAGUUACCUCUCUGAAAGUUUAUAAUUGGUUUGCUAAUAGACGGAAGGAGAUCAAGAGGAGAGCCAAUAUCGAAGCAGCAAUCCUGGAGAGUCAUGGGAUAGACGUACAGAGUCCAGGAGGCCACUCCAACAGUGAUGACGUGGACGGGAACGACUACUCCGAGCAGGACACUUGGCAAGCACGCAAUGGGGAGGAGGAGGAGGGAAGAAGUUCAGAGGGAGGCAGAGAAGCAGAGAAGGAUGACAGCACGAGCCAUAGUGACCACCAAGAUCCCAUCUCACUAGCUGUGGAGAUGGCAGCCGUCAACCACACUAUCUUGGCAUUGGCCCGGCAGGGAGCCAAUGAGAUCAAGACAGAGGCCCUGGAUGAUGACUGAUCAGGGAGGAUCACACAGUUACUUAGUUUAGACGUAGCACCUUAGCAGACUUUCCUCGGUCCUUAACAUGUGUUCUUACAGUAUAACUUACAGUUUCUUGUAUGUCAGGUAGCCGUUAGGGUCUUGUUCUGUGAAGAUGGCAUGGUGCCCUCAGCCUUUGCAUAUACUCUCUCAGUAUUAAAAUCCCAGUAAGUAAUAACCAACCAACCAAACGUCCCUCUCCCAGCCCCUGAGGCUAAAGAAAUCUUGCUGCUCCGUCUUAGCAUUCCAAGAAAGUGCUUCCAGGUAUAUAAAUAACCCUCAGUUCUCAAAUAUUAGGCUCUGUGUAAAAUCUUGGGUACCUUUAGAUUCAUGUAACACUAGGCUGUACCCUGUUCCUGCCCCAAGACUGACAGGAUGCAAGCUGAGGUAGAGGCACAGGACCAACAGACACCAUCCGGGAAGUAUCCACGGAGCGCAAGGAACACUAGAGCCCCGCCUCAGCCGGAGAGUCAUUGAUUUCAGCCGCAAUAAGCCGUGCCUCCUAGUCACAGCGUGACUAGACUAUACUUCUUUGGGUGCUGUGCUAAGAACGUCAUUGGAAUCCCGAGCUCAGACCUUGGUUAGUGUUAAUAUGGCCAACACAGACAUCCUUUCCUCUCACAAGCUGUGUGACUUAGUAGAUAACAUACUGCCUUCUGCCUUUGGGACCACGAUCCUAAAACAAAAAAGACAAAACACCAAGUUCUGAAAAGCAGAACCCAGCUUGAGAGCAUAGGGGAAAGCAUGCGCUGAAUGUCGGAUGGAUGCUAAGCCCAGUUCUCAGAGCCGCUAUACAUUCCACAGCGUGGUACCAGCGCCUGCCUGGGAAAGUGCUGGAGAUACCAUGCGAGUUGCUUUGUCUCCUCUUGGUGCCCCCUCCCUGCUACCAAACAGUCUCUGAGGAUAGAGCUGAGGUCAAGUGAGUGAAAGAUCAGGCUCUGUGCCCAUCUCCUGGAGCCUCCCAGAGUUGCUAGAACUCUCCUGGGGACUGUGCUGCCUCGACUGUCACAGGUGCAGAUCCUUGCCUAGCUAGGGGCAGAGAAAGCAGGGGACAUUUACCACUUAUAUCCUGAGUGUGGGACACAGCAGGAUGUGUCUGCUCUGCUCCCAUUACUCUGUCCUUGUGGAGGUGUGAAAGCUAUAUUGCUAUAGGCAAUUUAUUUAAUAAUUGGAAGCCAUAUUGAUAAUGGAUGUGGUAAUAUUUGUAGUUUAAUCUACUUUAAGCGGCAGUAACUAAUGGAAUUUUUUUCCUUGAUCACAUAUGUAGCACUUUUGUUACUUUUUAAAGAUAUUUAUAUUUGAUAAAUCUUUUUUUCAUUUUGAGAACUCAAAAUACCAAACAGUGAACUUACGUUAUAAAGUCACCCUGUGAUCACCUUGUCAUCUAGUAGCAAAAUGAUGAACUAUUCAUGCAUCAAAGGGAAUUACAUCUGCUGGCCUUGUAUGAAAAUGAUCCUGGCAACCUGAUUAAAUGACACACUGUCACUGUGGGCGAGAAGAAGCAGCCUUCAGUGUGUGUCUGAGAGAGGCUAAGUGUUUUCUGCCUCAUCCCAUCUCUCCUCUGUGUGUCCGACAAAGCCUUGUUUGGAGGGCAGUGUGGAGCGGGCCAUUAAGCAGGGCUUCCGUCUUUUUGUCCAUUACCUGAACCAAUUUCUAAGACAGAAAGUAGGCACUGUCUCCUUACCUCCUCCUUCACCAAAUGUGUUCAACUUCAGAGCUGUUGAGAGAGGAGGGCACACUGACCCUCAUUCUCCUCUUCUUGCUGGCCGGAUACUCAGUAUCCACAGCACUUAGCUGGUCUUACUGGGGCACACUCUGACGGGAUUAUCCCUUUGGUUGUAAGUCUUGGUUACAUGAAUGUGAGGAGUCGUCUUUGGGGGGCCUGAGGAUGCCACCCCACCUACGUCUGAGACUUUGAAGAGCACUGGGUAGGGCCUGGUCCUGCUCCUGUCCGUGGAUUUCAGGGGGAAACGUGUGUUUUUCCCAGCUCCAAAAACUGAAGUAAAAUGGAGCCAUCUUCUCUUACUGUAGUACUUGAACCCACAAAUUUAAGAGUAGCAUUUCUUAUUCUCAGGAACGAGCACCCCACACCUACUUAGAAUCUUCCAUGGUUUGUUUGAUUUAUUUUAUUUCACUUAGGAGAUUGCAUUGUCUUUCUUUCCUUUUGUUUGCUCAGAGGAAUAUACCUAUUGUGUCUUUCCAUUGCGGUCGCGUUUUGUCUGCUCAUUCUCAGUUGAAUCAGAAAGAACAGGAGGGGGAACCAUAUUUUUCUAAUGAGCCACAUCCACGAUUUACCACGAGGUGAUUGUAACUGACGACUUCUUUCUGGUGCCAUUGCUCUUGUCAUUUGUUCUUGCUCACCUUUUCAAGGGAACAGACUUCAGCUGUUCAGACAGCUCCAGUUUCUAAGGGAAUUCUGACUGUAACAGAAAAGCAAACCCUUCUGUUGUCCGAAGACCUCUGAGGGGGAAAAAUGCAGUGGGGGAUUCGGCUGAGGCUAGAGCUGGCUGGUGCAGGCAGUUCCAGCUCUGUGUGGCUGUGUCGUGGCACUGGGAGGGCAGAGCUGCCACAGAGGCUGGUCCUGCUGCUGGAGAAACUGCCGCAUGCCCACAGACGCACAGCCUCACACGGAACCUGCGUUUUCAGACCCACAGUGGGAAUUUGCUGCUUUGGGAACAAGGUUCAAAUCUACUGUCAGGUGGUUGUCUGGGGGUCACCAGGUUCUACUUUUGUGUUCUGGUCCCUGGGCUCUUGGGAUGGCCACGGGGCUGCCGCAUUCACUCUUCCUUUGGACGGUAAAUCUUUCCUGAAGAUUUUCCGGGUUUUAGGUAUGAUAUCGAAUUAGAAACUUAAGCGUCCCAGCUGAAAGGAGAAGAGCUGUGCUCUUGCUUGCCUGUCUCUGCUCUUACCUCCAUCUGUACUUCUGUGGCCCUAGAGAUCUCUGUCAGGAGUUGUGCCUUCCUGACCAGUGAAGAUGUUGAAAGGUGGGGGGUGGGGGCCAGACAUUCAGAGAGUGUGCUGUGGUUUUAUUUUUUUCAGGCAUUUUGAGUUACUGUUGCUGGGUAGGAAGGUAACUAACUUCUCACCUUCUAGUUAGUACUUUCCAUGACGACCUGUUCACAAAGGACCAUCUUAAGAUAUUCCUGCCUAUCUGAAGACAAUCGCAGCCAGCAGCAGAGGAUAGCCAGGAAGGGCAACACAGUGCUCUCCUGUGUGUGACUGUGCAGUGCCCUCAGAACCCAGAAGACACUCGCGUUCACAACAGCCAAGUUUGUGUUGAAUACCACAUGAGGCAGGCUACAGGAGGAGGGGACCUGGGACAGGAGGCAGCCAGCCCCUUGGUUCCUUUCACUCCAGCAAUGCAGGUGACGUUAGAACGACAUGAGUGAGUUGGAAGCCUGUUUGGGCUCCUGCACUCCACUCCAGAGCUGCAUUCCUGCACAACUAGUUAGGAGCAGACAUCUGGACUUAUUUUCACCUCGCGGGGCUGGCAUACAGAGAGCUGUGGUACAGUCAUCUCCGCUCUCUAGCUUUAGGAAUUCUUGCUCUAAAUUCUUCUUGGCUACCGUCACCAGGCACCAGCGAUAGAGGACCCUGGUCCACCAGGACACCCCCGUCUCCCCAUCCCUGACUGGCUCCUCUUCCUUACAUUUUGGGUCAGCACUGCGUCUCUGCCUUGAGCUGAUUUUCACGCGACAUUUUCUCUCAUCUGAUCACAAGCUUAAUGGGUAGUCCACUCCGAACCCGAGCCCUCCUUCCUCUUUUAGGUAGCCAGACUCCAUUUGCCGUGCCUGCUUCCUUUGUCUACACACCGAGAAUACUCCCCUUUCCACAAUGACUUCUCUAGUCUGUUCUAAAAAUGUUUCCUUCAAGUCCUUAUUCU